AUGGCUGUUGCACAGGAGGAGUCGCGUAGCAUGUUGCCGGCUGUUCCUGCUCCUGCUCCUCGUCUGGCUCCGAGGUUGGUUGUGGUUGGAGAGGCCCGCUCUCCACGUCCAUUGCACAACCCAUUGGAUUGGAAGGUGGUUGAACCACGCAGGACGGGGAGCAGCUCGCCCCCUAAGGGAGGGAAGGUUCAGCUCAGGGAUUGUUACAUCCCUCUCACUCCUGUGUGGUUCAGCCCACCAAUGUUGGAGAUGAUGGACAGUGUCCGUCCGGGCAAUCUUGAUCAGAAGGAGCCCAGUACUUCUGCCAAGGGACCAACGGGGGUCAAGCGUCCUAGGAGCCCUUUUGCUCCAAAGAAGAGCUGUGGGAAACAGAAGGUGAAGGUGGAGGAGUGGCCUGAACUUCCCAAGGCUGUGUCGGUGGAAGUGGGGGAUUGGCCUGGAGUGCCCAAGGCUGUGGAGGAGGUCCCUGUGGAGCAUCCCCGCAGACGCAUUGUCUUCAAGAAGAGGCGUACUUCUCAGCAGCAGGUUGCAGCUGCAGAUGUUGUGGAGGUGAUGAGUGGACCAUCACCUGUGACCAUUGAAGACUGUCCCCCUCUGCACAGCUUCCCAGACCUCAUCCAAAGUAAGGUCGCUGCUAAUGUUGAUACUUUGCCGGUAACGUUUGAUGCUGGGUCUGUUAGUUCAGGUGAAGAGGAGAUCAUAGUGGUCUCUGAUACAGACA